AUGGCCCUUCUCACAAGCCAGGCCGGCACUUUGCUAGGCCCUCUAACGACAACAUGGACUAUGCCCGAGACUUGCUCGAUUUAUAUGCCGUCGUGCUCGACAUGCACUAAUGGAUUCAGAGCACAGUCCUGCAAUUCGAUAAACAAUGGCCAAGUGCAGGAUAACACGGCGUGUUGGCCGCCAGCGAAGCCGGGGGUUGCGUCUCCAUCAUGGCCCUUUGUGGGAUGGGGAUUCUACUCUCCCGGCAUUGCGUGUCCGGCAGGAUACAUGACUGCUUGUACGGCAGUUUACGGGCAGCGGCCUGAAUGGGAUAUCCAAUUCACCCUGGUGUCGUCAGAAACUGCCGUGGGAUGUUGUCCAACGGGUUUCGCAUGCGCCAACAUCAACGGAAACACAUGCGUUGCAACGGCUACGAGCACGGCCGUUCCAACAGCCUUUUGCGAUGGCACCAAACUCACCGAUUCCGGCACCGAGACUUUUCCCCAUGUCAUCACGAUCACCCAGACGGAUACAGCCAGUGACACGGUGGACGUAGAGACAUCGUCGCUGACAAUGAUGUUAUACGCCCCCAUGUUCCAGCUCAAUUUCCAAGCAAGCGAUUUACCUGCCUCGACAACCACCGCGUCCACUACACUAUCAACAAGAACGACAUCCUCAACAAGCAAGCAAACUUCAACUUCCGCAGCAGAUGAUAGCCUUGGGAAAGGUCAUUCAGGGCUCUCUAACGGAGCCAAAGUUGGACUCGGUGUUGGCCUUGGCCUCGGGGCGGCCAUUUUACUCGCUUUCGCCGCCUUUAUAUACUACUAUCGACGCGCAAGGCGAUCUCAGAUACCGAUCAGCAGCGAACUUCCAAACAACGAGGUAGCAGAAGAAACUCCAAAGGUCAAGAAGUUGCCUGGUCAGGUAUACGAAAUGGGGGACUAUUACGCCCCCGCUGAGCUACCCGGUGAUAACCACGAAGGAGAGCAUCUACAAACCGCUUCGAGAUUCGCAUAA